AUGGCUAAAAAAAUGAAAAUGUUAAAGCGUGAAGAAGAAGAAGUACCGUCAAUAACUACGGGUGAUAUUGCUCCAGCAGCAAAAAAAUUAUGGGGUCUCGAAUCAAAAGAUGCUUCAAGUAAAUUGAAUCUGAAUCAUCUUAAUCAUGAAGGAGUAUGGAGAGAUCCAACAUGGGCAGCCCCAGAACAUGCAGUGUCCGCAUCGUUGGCGAUGGGCAGAAGAGCGGGCGGCUUCGCGGGUGGAGGCGGGGGUGAUACUGGUGGCGGUGGCAGCAUCCUGUCACCACGCGGUUCCGAUAACGGCGGUUUGGGCGUCAAAAUGGUCGAAUACGUACUAGGUACAUCACCUACCGGUAAAGACAAUAGCAUGGUGGGCGAUAGAGGACCGGGAGGACCAGGCGGUCUGGAACCUCGUAUGCGUGCGCUAGUUCUUCAAGAUUGCGACAAAGACAAAGAUAAACCUCAAAGUCCGAAAGAGGAAUGCAACGGACAACAGGUGGUGGUUGUACAGAAUGGACAAGUCGGACAAGAUGAAGAAAAAGGCGGUUUUAAAAUAUCUAACGAAAGAAACAGUUUCCUUUGCAGUCGGACUCCGGGCAGCCGGCAGCCCUCUCCCGCCGAAGAAGAACUCAGUAAAAAUGGCAUGGGAUUAGAUCCGGCGUCGUUGGCGGUUCUGAAACAACAACCAAACGAACAACCACUUCAACCGCACCACUUGCACCACUUACCGCCGCAUUUGGCUCCUCAUCUCGGCGUCACAUUGGCAGAAUCGGUCAAUCAACAAUUCGAGCAUUUCGCGGCUGAACAACAACAGCAGCAGCAACAGCAACAACAGGCUAGUGGAAAUCCAUAUGAACAGCAGCAGCAUGGUUAUGCACCACAGCAUCCUCAACAACACCAGCCUCAUCAGGUGGAUAGUGCAGUCCUACAGCAACAACAGCAUAACUUCGAUGUACAGCACUCGUGA